CUGACUCCCUGCACACACGCGCACACACACACUUGCAUGCACACACACUCACACACAUGCACUCACAUACACGCACACUUCCACGCUUCCUCUCACACACUCUUACACAUACACUACCAGGGGGAUUCCUCCGCCACUGCAGCCUCUUCUCGCUCCACCUGGCUCCUGUCUUCUGCCGUGGGGGGAAAGCACGAUCCACAAUGACUUUUGCUAAACGGCCACUGGUCAGAGCCUAGUGCUGAUCCAUCGAAGAGCACUAUGAGUAGAUGACAACAAGCAGCCUUUAAUCCAGAAAGGAUUCCUCUUCUCUGUGCUACGAGUCUGCUAACUGUUUGUAAAGACCACUGGGAGUACAAGAAUCAAGCCAAGGACACGUUCACUCCCCCUCAGCCUGCAGGAAGAUGGGAGUGAAAAAAUAAAGCUCUGCGGAGUCAAGAGGAGCUUAAUGAAUACCAAGGAAUCUUAAAACAAACUGUGCAAUUGUGUAUGUCUGUGUGAGAGGAUCGGGCAACCAUGUGGACAUUAGCUACGACUGUCCACUAUCUUCUGGCUGCUGCACUGCUAUUGGCUUGCUGCCUCCAAUCACUGUUGGCCACUGAGGAUGAUGUCACACCUCGCAUCAGUUUCCCUUACAAUGCAAAGGAGAGGUCGGCCAAGAGAUUCUCUGUGGACGGCGUCUUCAAUUACACCUCUUUGCUGCUCAGCCAGGAGGACGACAUGCUGUACGUCGGAGCCAGGGAGGCGCUGUUCGCCCUCAGCCUCUCGGACAUCAGCAAAACCAAGCUGCAGAAGAACCUGACGUGGGGCACUCCUGCUGGAAAAAGAGAGGAAUGCAGCUUCAAAGGGAAGAACCUGGAGACUGAUUGCUUCAAUUACAUCAAAAUUCUCCUGCGGCUGAACAGCACUCAUCUCUAUGUGUGUGGCACCUAUGCCUUCAGUCCCAUUUGCGCCUACAUAAUCCUGUCUUUGUGGGGUCGGCUUACAUUGAGGAGAGUCAGCCAAUCGGCAACCCCGUGGGAGACGACGACAAGAUUUACUUCUUCUUUAGCGAGGCGGGAAAAGAAUUCGACUUCUUUGACAACACCAUUGUGUCGAGGAUUGCUCGCGUGUGUAAGGGUGAUAAAGGUGGUGAGCGGGUGCUGCAGAAGAAAUGGACCACCUUCCUGAAGGCCCAGCUCCUGUGCUCCCUCCCUGAUGACGGCUUCCCCUUUAACAUUAUCCAGGACAUGUUUGUCCUGAAGCCCAUGGGAGACAGCUGGGAGAGCACCGUCUUCUAUGGCGUCUUCACCUCCCAGUGGUAUAAAGGAGCAUCAGGCAGCUCAGCGGUGUGCGCUUUCACCAUGGCACAGGUGGAAAGAGCCUUCAGCGGGCGCUACCGAGAGGUCAACAGGGAGACACAGCAGUGGUACACCUACAACCACCCAGUGCCAGAACCACGGCCCGGGGCGUGCGUGACCAACCACGCCAGGCAAAUGGGUAUCCAGUCGUCCUUGCACAUGCCCGAUAAAGUGCUCAACUUUGUCAAGGACCAUUUCCUGAUGGACAGCGUGAUCCGCAGCGCUCCCCUGCUUCUGAAACGCAGUGUUCGCUACACACAGAUUGCUGUACACAAGAUCCAAGGCAUGGAGAGGGCGUAUGACGUGCUCUUUAUUGGAACAGAUGAUGGAAAGCUUCAUAAGGCCAUCAAUGCCAAUGAUAAAAUGCACAUCAUAGAGGAGAUGAUUCUGUUUCCUGAGCCUCAGCCUGUGCAGCACAUCGAACUGGAUCCUCAGCGGGGUCUGUUGUUUGUGUCAUCUAACUCGGGGCUGGUGGAGGUUCCUGUGGCCAACUGCUCCAACUACCUGAGCUGUGGAGAGUGUGUGUUGUCCAGAGACCCCUACUGCGCCUGGACUGGGCGGCUGUGUCGGGAUGUCAGGAUGGCUCCACCUGACAGUCACUGGCAGCAGGAUGUGGAGGAGGCCGAUACAUCAGCGAUUUGUAACAGGACGUUUCCCAGCACCAGAUCUGCCAGACCAGCAGCUUCUCGCUCCCAUUGCCAGCUCAUUACAAUCCCUGCCAACACAUUCAGGGUCCUGCCCUGUAAACUGCGCUCUAAUCUGGCACAGAGAAGGUGGCGUUACAGUGACAGCGCCAGCCAGUUCCUCUACGCUACUCCUAAGGGAAAUUUGGUGGUUGUGGCUCAGUCCGACAGGAUCGAGACCUAUGAGUGCUGGUCAGAAGAGGAAGGUUUCCGCCAGCUGUUGGCCAACUACUGUGUGAGGGCGGAGCCCCGCCAGGAAAGCACCACUCAGAUUGGUCACUCACGCACACCGCACAUCGAGCAAGAGGAGACCAUCAUCCUGCCUGGCGAGUCCCGUUCUGAGCAGGUACACACGAAGACGUAUUGGAACGAGCUGAUUGUUGUGUGCGCCCUGUUGGCGUUCUCCCUCGUGGUGUUCUCCUUGUUCGUCAUCUACAGAAACCGAGAUCAUAUGAAGUCCAUGCUGAAGCAGGGAGAGUGUCCUAACAUGCAGCAGAAGAAGCCGAGGAUAGUGGGAAAGCCUGCAGAGAGCUUACCCCUAAACGGUAACACCAUCCCUGUUUCCACUUCUGAUCACAAGGGCUACCAGACAUUAAAUGACAACUACAUCUGCAGCACACCCACCCACGAGUCCUCGCCAGACAACAGCAAGAGCUUCUCCGAGUCCUCCGACAGGCGGCCGCUUAACUUGAAGGAGAGCCACGUGGAGUACUCCCCAACCUGCCCUCGACCCAGAGUGAGGCUAGGCUCGGAGAUCAAAGACUCUAUUGUAUGAGAGCACAGUAUCCACUUAAAGAAUGUCACCCUGUAUCUCCAUGAAGGAUACAGGCCACCGAGCAAAGGAGAGGAGACCCCGACAUCCUUCUACAUCACAGCACAUCUUUUAUUUUAGUCAUCUUUGUACUGUGAUCAGUGCGGAGGUCAUUUCUUUUAACCAUUUCCACUCCGAAGCUAGAGGUUGGUCCGGUUUGCUGCAUAGGGCAGGAAGACGAAGCAGCACAACACUCCAGUUUCAACCAGGAUCACAAACCGUGGCAGCUGCUAAGGAUAGUUAUAACACAGUCUUUGUUUGAGUCGUUCUCAUGGCCACUAAUGUGCAUGAGUGUAGGGCUGGGCAAUAUGGGGAAGAAAAUAACAAAGUAAACAGAAGAUCUUCUUCUGAUAUCAGUAUUUAUCACAACAUCUCUUAAGGUAUUCAAGAUUCCAACAUUAAAUUAUCGUUUUGAUCUCCAUCACGUGGUAUAAUAGAAAAAAUAAACAAUUAAUAUUUAUGUUGCCCAGCCCUAUUUGAGGAUGUGUAAACAUGAUCUGCAGAAGAUGGCUGCCACAAAGUCUAAACUUCUGUAAUUAUGCACAUUAGAACCAAGCUACAGCUACAUGGUGUCCAAGAGUUCAGGUUUAGGAGAGUAUAAUCCAUGUGUUGCCUGUUCAUUAUGAUCCACACAUUAUGGAAGCAAGUCAGAAGCACAUUUGUUCCCUUUUGCUGAAAUAAAUGUUAUGACUGUAAAAUGAUAAAGAUGAUGAAAGAGGAGGCAGGAGAAUACGCCACACCUUAAAAGGUGAACAAUAGAGAGCCCUCUUAACAAACAGCAAUUAGAAGGACUGCGACAUAAGAUGAUGAAAAUGUUUUGAUCAUAAAUUGUUCUCCAGGGCCUAAAUACUGGCAUUCACCUCCUGAAUGUACGUUGUUGUUAUUGUUGUUCAAAGAAGGUCUGUUUCAUUCACACAUCACUGCACCAUGGACAAUUUAUGGAACCCGUUGCUCUGCAUCUCUGCUCAUCGGUGACAGCCCUGUUCUUCAGUGUUGACCUGGAGGGACCAUGAUGGGCUCAUAAAUUGACACAGAUAACCUGUUUUUUGAGGCAAAUAUGGAAAAGAGACCUGACAUUAAAACACAGAGAGCCAAGAAAAAAAAGCCGACGGCCACACCUCUACCAUGUUCAGGGCGGCACUGAAAUCAUCAUGUGCAUCGUGCCAAAAAAAACAGAAAUAACUUGAUUGUCUUCUCUAAAUGCAAUAGUGCCAUUCUGUUAUGACCACUCCCAUGCUUUGUGUUAGCAUUGAUCACUGUCGAAGAGCACAUGGUGACGGAACCAGAGUUGGGUUUCGAAAAAAGUAAAGCGGCACUAAUAAUAAAUAAAUGUGAAGUGCAAGGUUGGGAAUUUCUCUAAGACUGUUAGCUCAUAGCGAACAUUUCAGACUGUUGGGCAAAAUGAUUGACUUUAAUGUCAAAUCUGAACUGGGGCCAAAUGAUAUGGCAUGGAGAUUACUUCAUGUUAAAACUUGUCUUGUGGUUGUGAGAAAAUAUUCCGGUUUUCCUUCAGCUACCCUCAAAGGAGUCAUUUGCCUUGUUAGCAUACACUGAAACAUACAGGUACAACCAGUUUGACUAUAGAGCUUGACUAGCACUAACAGUACAAAGUGUUUGGUUAAUUAAAGUCACAGAACAACGAGUAAACAACUGUCACUGUAGUGAAGGGAUAAUAUUUAGUGGUCUCUUGCUGCACUAUGUAGUGAUGUAGUACACAAAGCGCUAUAUUAUAUAAUAUAAGAUCCCCCAACAAGUUACAUUUCAAACAUGGCAUUCACCACACUCAGUCAGAUGUCAAGGCGACGUUAAUGUGAAAGCACAAGUAAUCAGGGUCUUGAAUACUUACAGGUUUGCACAUGCCAGUAAAAUUGGAGCAACUUCUAAUAAAUGCAACUACUGAGAGACAGAAAGGUAUGGCUGCUAAGGACAAUGAUUUAUAGAAAUCAGUAAUUACAGGGACCAGUGCAGCCAUCACAAACACUCUUGCACCCACAUUGCUUAGAGACUUUUGAGACUUAACAAGCAGAAUUUUCCAAAGAUGUAGGAAGCCGAUAGUGUUGUGUAAAUCCGAACAAGAAACAUUUACACGGCCAUAGGGACAAUAUGGCACCACAUGUCUUAGAAUACAUAACCAGUUCACUGUAUUGAUCAAGUAAGCCUACAGUAUAUAUUCCAGUAUCAUACAAGAUAAACAUUUUUGCUAUUUCGAACACUGAGCGGAUGACGAAAUGCUAUGUAACUGCUACAAGUUGACAAAGUAAUUGCACAGCAUACUGCGCAGCAGUGGUCAGUGUUUUACUUUUUUCUUACGUUUUUGUUGUGUAUAUACAGUAUCUGUGCUUAAUAUUGUGUGUUUUUAAGGGACCUUGUGCAAGAUGUGUUGUAGAGAUAGUCUUGAAACUAGAGAGUGAACACUGCUGAUAUUUUGUUUUCAUAGUGCUUUACUGCCUACUUCAGCAUACAUUUCAACAGACUUGCACAGAAUACUGCACAUUUCUCACCACGCUGUUAGUUCAGCACCUGGGCUGGUUUUUAUCGAGCAUGUCAAAGCAGGAGAGGUCAUCUGUUUUUAUAUUCAUGCCAUACUGAAUCAAACAGGUAUGGAUGAAAUGGGCUAAUUCACUUUCUGGACGAGAGUUGGACAAUAAGAUCGAUACCGCUGUUAUGUCUGCAUGCUGAAUAUGAAGCCAGCACCAGUGGCCGUUUAACUUAGCUUAGCAUGAAGACUAGAAAUGGAGAAACAGCUUGCCUGGCUCUGGCCAAAGGUAACAAACCAGCAGUGACUCCAGGAAGUCACUGCCCUCCCCCUUAAAACCAUGACAGUGGUAUCAAUCUUUGCAUCUAACUCUCGACAAGAAAACAACACAUUUUAUUUCCCCACAGUUCUACCUGUUUCUUUAGCCUUGUUUGCUUACUUGCAAACUGAGACUGACAAAAUAAACCAGAGAUAACAUUUGCCAACAAAUAUGCAACAAGAAUAAUCAGAUUCUAAAAGCCGUGGUGAAGAACAAUGUUUGUCACCACAGCUUAUUUUCUAAAACCAUAAAACAGGUACCCUGCUUUGAGAUGCUUGGUGGAAAACCUCACAACAUAUUUUCCAAAUGCCUUUUAGAUAUAUUGUUCUGCCUUUAGCCAUGUGCCACAUCUUAUACCACCCAGCAGGGACCUCACCAACUGGAACGUGGUGAAUGGCCUGAUUGUAGCCCUCCGUGGGCACACUUAACUCCACGACACAACACGGGUCAACAGUAGAUUUACAGAUUCACCCAAGCCACCAUUAACUUUACCUGCAAACAGUAAGACUAGGAGCUGCUCAAAAUCUCGUACCAUUCUGCGGUGUUUGCUUGUGUCAAAAGUGAUACUGUGCGCAUAGGAAACAUCUUUCUGACCAGGCCAAUAUUUAACAGUAGUAAUCCUUCCUAAUCUCAUAUAGAACAGCUGAAGUUACAUCUGACCUUAAUAGUUAACAAUGCCAAAAAGGUCAAUACUGUGUCAUGAAUGCAUAUUUAUUAAUGACGUGCUUUUCAUCAAAAAGCAGAUACUACCAUGGUGAUUGAUGCUUCAUUUUGAGUGGCUCCUCAAUAAUGCAACAUACUGUACUGGACAUGAAUGUAGCCAACUAUAUCACAUUUUGUAGAAUAUCUACAGCAGUCUAUUUUCCUAAAACGGCUUAAGCAAUCCAUCGCAACAUCUUUUCAGGAUUUUGUUGAAAGGUAUAUACUACAAGUAAGCGGCACAAUAGACGUAAUGAAUCAUUUGUGCUGCACAGUGUAGUACUGCAGUAAGAUGCAAGCACAGCUUCAAAUCCUCCAUAUCAGCCAUGAGACACAGCAACAGCUUUGCCUCAGCAUACUAAACACCAUAAGCUUAUUUGACUGAAUAACUAUUAGACAAAUGUGGUCUUGCCUGCAUGAUUUCUUUUUUAUUUGUUGUGUACAAAUAACAUUGUGAACUGUAUUUUUUGUAUCAUUGAGAUUGUGACUGUUGUUUUUAUUAUAUUGUACAUAAAAGGCACUUUAUUUUAAUUUUUUAAGAUAAAUGAAUAAAAUACAU